AUGAAGGCCGUUCAGUCUCUCGCCCUCGGCCUUGCCGUCUUCACUCCUCUGGCCUCCGCCUGGCCCAAGUGGCUUCCAGACGUCGAUGCUCUGGUUGUGCGGCAAAACGAUGAAUCCUCAACCGCCGCUGCAACUCAGACAGCGACUGCUAAGACUGGCGCCACAGCAUCGGCAACAGCAACGGCACAGGAGACAAACACCGGCGGCGCGAAGACCACCAAUCUCAACACCGCAAAGCUUCCUACAGGCACUGAGACGGGCACUGGCACCAAGACCGGCACCAGCAAGUCCAAGUCGACCUCUUUUGAUGACACAGAUCCGGCUGGUGGCAUUACCAUGAUCACACCAGCGGCCACGGCUCAGUCUAUCAACCUUUACAAAAUUGGAGACUACGUCACCUGGGGAUGGAACUAUACAAACCUUCAGGCCUCUCCUACGGCCAUCGAUGUCCUUGUCUCGUGCUCAUCCAUGGCCCAGACCUGGACUUUGACACAGAACAUGACCUUUGCUCAGCCCGCCUCCUUCACCUGGGAUUCGAGCGUGCAAGCGACCGACCCCUCCGCGCCGCUGCGAAACGACGAAUACACUCUUGUUAUCUACGACGCGGAAUCGAGCGUCAGUGCUACCGCUCAGCCCGGCUACCUAGGCGUUUAUUCCAGCUUCAAGUUUGGCAUGUACAAGGCUCAAGAAUACAAGCCCCUGAACGAGUGGAACUGCGCAACGUGCUCUGCUGCGUCUGGUCUCGAUAGCAAGGCUCUCGGCAUGGCUGUCGGUAUGAGCAUUCUCACGGUGGCCAGUUUCACAUGGUUUGUGGCGGGAGUGGGCAUGUUUUAA